AUGAAGAUUAGCAUGCUUAAGAAGACAUUAAUCUUCAAACUCUUACAGACUCUUAUAAGUGUAGAUAAAGAUCAAACUUAUGAAGACUUCUGCACACAGCUUCAGACAUUGAACAACUAUCUUAUCAAGCUUAAGAGUAUACAGAACAGCAGCAGAAGACAUUACAUCUCAGUCACUUAUACACCCGCGCUGAAGAAUAACAAUGAUGCAGAUGUCAUGAAUUGA